AUGGCGCCCAGUCUACUAUCAUAUGUCCCUAUCGUCAACCGCUUCGCCUCGGACAGCGAGCAAGCGCAAGCCAUUGACAUCCCUCCCGUCGAAGUUCACGAUGUCGAGACCGAUCAUGACAGACGAGCCAGAUGCCUCAAGCACCUGCUGAGGGCGAACCACGUCAACCACUCCAUAAUUUACCACAACCUGCAGUUCGACAAUCAUAUGCCGCACAUCCUCUCUUCCGCCUACCUUCUCGGCGCAAACGAGCACCAACUGCAGAUCAUAUACGAAACCGAAGCGAAAGAGCUUGAACCAUGGAAAGAAUCUCCGGCCGAGGUCACCGAGGACGAUUGGAGAGACCUCCUAGGGGACAAGACGUACCAGAGAGCGUACCUCGAUUUCUUCGAAGACUCGCUGGCCUACAGCUCAUACGACUGGAAGAAGGUUGUUGACAAGUUCAUGUUCACCGGCGAGGAGCCCCUGGUCCAUGGACUCAUUGGUGGCCUUGGCCACCCCCUCAUCCACCUCGGAUACGCAUACGAGAUGAACUCCAAGGAGAUUGCCAUCGAAGCACUCGCCCUGACAGCCACGCAAUACAACUUCUUUCACAAGUACCUCGACGAGAAAUCCUACACAAGACCCUCGCCGUUCAGCUCGAAGUCGACUUUCGAACUAAUCGAUAAGCUGGCAGGAGACAAGCGUUUUGAUGGCUUGUUCAAGGAGCCGGCAUUGCAUAACCUUGAUGUCUUAUUCGAAAAGCACGAGAGCCUUGUCCUGGAAUACUGGAAUGCUUGGACCAUCACCGAUCCAGUAAAGCAAUUCCAAGAAUCCCAGGAGCUUGCUGUUGCACUUCUUGUUGCGACGGUACCCCCUGGCACUCACGGAUACAAUUUUUUCAUCGUACAUCUCCUUACGACGAGCCAUGCAGUUCGCAUACUGCUCCCCUUCAUUCCGGCCAAGUUCCAUAUCGGCUUGGUGAGGGAAUGGUGGCUUCUGGUCCUUGCUGUGUAUAUAUCUCUCCUGCGACCAAAGAUUGAUCCUGACAACGUUGAAACGGAUCUGAAGGCGCGACACUGGGGCCAUGUUGAGCACGAGGCUCUGAAUUCACAGUGGGCGACAGACUCUCACUAUGUCAAAGGUUAG